AUUCUCAAAUGCAACCAUGGUAUGUUCGAAAACAAUGUGAGCAACAUAUUGUGAGCAGGGAAAUAAAUUCAAAUAUAUUAUUUUGAAAGCCGUCGCUUCACUUUGCUUGCCACCGCGAAGAAAAGAUCGAGCAAUAUUUGUAAUAGAGAGAUCAAAAUAGUAGAAUUUUGCACUUUUUUUGUGAUUUACUGAAUCAAUUUAACAGCAAUGGUUGGUGAACAAAAAAAUAUAAAAGUUGUAGUGCGUGUAAGACCAUACAAUCAAAAAGAAUUGGAGCAAAAUACGAAAAGUAUCAUUAAAGUGAUGGAUGAAACAACGCUACUUUUUGAUCCGGAGGAGGAGGAUGACGAAUUCUUUUUUCAAGGCACUAAACAAAAAUAUAGAGAUAUCACAAGACGAGUAAGCAAGAAAAUGAGCAUGGAGUUCGAUCGAGUUUUUGAUGUAGACGCUACAAACUUUCAAAUAUUUGAGGAAUAUACGGCGCCGCUUGUCGACUCGGUUUUGAAUGGCUAUAAUUGUUCUGUGUUCGUUUACGGAGCAACGGGCGCCGGGAAAACUUUUACAAUGCUUGGUAAUCAUACUACACCCGGUCUGACUUUCUUAACAAUGAGCCACCUAUUCGAUAAAAUCGAAGAAAAAAAGAGUGCAUGCCGAUUCGAUGUGGGCGUUAGCUAUUUGGAAGUUUACAAUGAGCAGGUAAUGAAUCUGCUGACCAAAACAGGCCCGCUUAAAUUACGAGAGGAUACAAAUGGAGUUGUUGUGAGCGGUUUGUCUUUGAAACCAAUAUAUAGCGCUGAGGAGUUGCUUGAAUUAUUAGCACUUGGCAAUUACAAUAGAACCCAGCAUCCCACUGAUGCUAAUGCUGAAAGUUCCCGUUCUCAUGCCAUAUUCCAAGUGCAUAUUCGCAUGACAGAGCCUAAAACGGGUAGUAAGCGUAUGGUAAAACUAUCCAUGAUCGAUUUGGCUGGCAGUGAAAGAGCGGCUAGCACUAAAGGAUUGGGAUUACGAUUUAAAGAAGGCGCUAGCAUUAAUAAAUCUCUUUUAGCGUUGGGCAAUUGCAUUAAUAAGUUAGCUGAUGGUCUGAAACACAUACCAUAUCGCGACUCUAACCUCACGCGCAUAUUAAAGGACUCAUUGGGAGGUAAUUGCCAGACAUUAAUGGUGGCCAAUGCUUCAAUGAGUUCCCUAACUUAUGAGGAUACCUACAAUACCUUAAAAUACGCCAGUCGCGCAAAGAAAAUUCGAAGCACUUUGCGACAAAAUGUUUUGAAAUCGAAUAUGCCCAAAGAUUUUUACAUUAAAAAGGUUAACGAGCUUAUGGAAGAAAAUGAACGUCUUAAACGAGCAAACGCUGCUCUUGAACCGAAAAUUGCUAAAGGCAGUUCGUUAGAUGAAGACGACUUUCAGAGGUGGUGCGUUCGUAUUGAUGUCUUAUUUUCCGAGACUUUAAAGGUGCAGGAAAAAUUAAUUGGCUUGAAAAAUCAUACAAAAAUCUUGGCAUUUCGCGACAAACUUAAAACAGCUAUAAGCGAACUUUUUGAAACUUUUCCUGCUGCUUGCAAUGCACAAAAGGAAUGUGCUACAUAUAUAUCAACGACUCCUCGUAACUUGAACAAGCAAAUUAAUAAAUUAAGGGGAGAAAUUGAGUAUUGGAACGAAAAGCUCGCAACCCUUCACGCAGAGUUGAACAAAUUAAAGACUGAGGUGAAGACCGCAAAAUGUGCAAACAAUUUACAAAUAUUUUUAAAAAAAGAGUACAUAUGUCUGCAUAACGCACAACAGUUACUCGGAAGUAAUCAUCGAAAUGAUCUUCAUUUUGAGUUGCAAAGAGCAAUUGAUUUAAGUUACAAAAUCAUUAAGGAUGCAUGUCUAACUAGAGAACAACGGUAUAAGAUUGAAAACCUGCAACAAUGGUUCUACGCAGACAUUUUAAAAAAUAACGAUGACCAUAACAAGGAUUUUAGUGAAUUGGUAAUGACGAAUACGGAAGUUAGUAAAGUGAAUGAUUAUGAGACGUGUGAACAUAUCGACGAGUUUGUCCUUAGCAAAUCAGAUGGUGUAGGUUCUUUAGACGGCGAAGAGAACGUCAAUGAAUAUUUGCUAUCAACAACUUUUAAGACUCAACCUAAUAAAAAACGAUGCAAUAUGAAUGAAACGAAAAUACUAUUUGCACAACCAAAGAAUUCCAACGGAGAUUCAACUUUCGAUGUCUGUUCAACUUCAACUGCAAACAAUACCGAUAAGGAAGCAGCAAAAAAUUUUGUUAAGAGUGUGCUCUGCACUGAAUUAGUCGAUGCUCCCAAAAAUACAGAAAAGUUAAAAGAUGUCCUACUUAAAUCGAAGAAAUUCACACGCAACAAUCUUUUGAGAGCAGUCGCUGUUGGCGUCCAAAAAGAGAAUAAGAAAAUUAGUCCAAAUCGAAUUCGUAAAAGCCCGCGUCAUAUGAUGGCAAAAGCUUCAGGUGCAUCUAUACUUUUGGGAAGACGUUUACCAAUGCGACAAGUAAAUGAAAGUUCAAAUGGAUUGCCUAAUUAGAGAGUUUAAAAUUAUGAGACGUCCAAAUAUGAAAUGGUUGUUUAAAACUGCUUG